AUGGGGAGAAAGCGGAAACACGGUGAUGUUGCCACAGACGACACGCGGCUGGACUGCUCAAGUAUAACUUCUACCACCUCUAAUAGUGGUGAUAAGGGGUUUGGCCUGGCGGAUACACUAUCUCUAAUUCGCGACGAUAAUGGGCCUAGAGAACCAACCUUGCCCAAGGAUACCUCCGGCGGAGAGGAAAAAGAACCAACCGGGGAGUGGCAGGUGGUAGAUCGAGCGUUCACGAAGAAGCGAAAAAGAAUAGGGAACGAAAAAACAAAAUAUCCAACUUUGACCUAUGCCAUGGGUGGGCGCCAGUCGUCCAUCAAGAUUUCAGAUUUGCAGGGGCUCUUGCUCUAUUGUCUUGCUGAUGCCGUUGCGCCGCAAUGGAUAUCAGUAAAGCACUCAGGCCAUGUAAGAAAAGUUGUUGUGCUUAUGGUUCCAGGCCUGGAGCUGGGGAUGUUUGAUAGGUCGAUCCCCUUAGCUAAAGGAGAGAAGACCCCCGCCCCCGAGACUGAAACUACCCCCAACAGCUACUCUGGAGAUGAAGCAAAGAAAUCCAGCGAGUUUGAGCGUUGGAAGCGUGGGGUAUCCCCCAUCGGUGAGGAGACAGCCCGCCAGUUUGCGCCUAGAGCCAUGCAUAAAGAUAAGCUGCCUGAAGCUUUACAGCCCCUUGCCGACAUAUUUCCGCAUGUCUGGCCAGUGAAGUCCCCUGGGGACUCCAAAUACAAUAAAGUCCACUCACCUCUUCAGGCAAUAUUACGGUCUUCCUUGCCCAAGUCCAAGGAAAACAAUAACAAUAACAAUUCAGGACCUAAAAGAACCAAGAGUCUGCCGAAUUGGGUAUCUCGGCGGACACCAAUUACCACAUUUUUGAGUACUGUUGAUGAUUUAACCGAACUUGAAUACCCUCUACAUCCUGCACUCUUUAGAUCCGCUGAGGAGAAAGAGAAAAAUGCUCGACUGCGUACUAUGAGAGGGCAGUCUGCUGAACACGGAUGGGUGGAUACCCAUGUCGAAGACUUUGCUGACGGAACUGUACCAGACAAUGAAAUAGCAGAAGGCAGUGUAACUGCCGGGCGCGAUGUUUUUGCACUUGACUGUGAAAUGUGUAUCACUGAAGGCGGAAAGUCCGAACUUACCCGAAUUAGUUUGAUGUCAUGGGACGGUGAACGAGUCUUGGAUGAAUUUGUUAAGCCAGUAACACCAAUUAUAGACUACCUAACUCGUUUCUCUGGUGUCACAAAAGAGAAACUUGACCCAGUUACUACGACACUUUCUGACAUACAACAAAAACUGCUUAAAAUUUUGACGCCUCGCUCUAUAUUGCUUGGACAUUCUCUCAACUCUGACCUUAAUGCUCUAAAGCUAACACACCCUUUCAUUGUCGAUACGGCUGCCAUAUACCCACACCCACGGGGGCCACCUCUGAAGUCGAGUCUGAAAUGGCUUUGUCAGAAGUACCUUGGCCGGGAAAUUCAAAAAGGCGAAGCCGGUCACGACUCCAUUGAAGAUGCGAAGGCAGUGCUGGAUCUCGUGAAGGAGAAAUGUGAAAAGGGCGAGGCAUGGGGCACAAGUGAGGCUUCCACAGAAAGUAUUUUCCAACGACUGUCUAGAUCUUCCAAGCCAACCAAAUCUUCCGGUUCUGUUUCCGAGGGUGGACGAACUGGGGCUGUGGUUGACUGGGGAAGUCCCGAGCGUGGUUUUGGUGCACAUGCCAGUAUUACUUUAGGUUGUACCAGUGACGAGGAAGUAGUUCAGUCCACCAAGCUUGCCGUCAACGGGGAUCCUACCGGUAAAAUCCUCUCAGGCGAUGGCGUUGACUUUACCUGGGCCCGACUUCGCAGCCUAGAAAUUUCCCGCGGAUGGUGCAAACGGAUUCCUGGUGCAGACCGUAAUAACCAAUCCACCGAUAUACCCGAUCAGGAUAUUAUAGGCCCAGAAAACUCUGAUGAACUUGGCCGGGCUGUCGCCAAAACUGUUUCUUACAUCCAACAGAUAUGGGAUAAUUUACCGCCAUGUACACUUUUUAUUGUAUAUUCCGGCACCGGUGAUCCACGGGAAGUAGCACGACUACAGGCCUUACGGAGAACUUAUAAUGAAGAGUUCCGGAGCAGAAAGCCAUGGGAUCAACUGAGUGUGAAAUGGACGGAUACUGAAGAGCAGGCGCUCAAACGAGCGUGUCAAGAAGCGAGGGAGGGAUGCGGGUUUAUGGCUGUAAAGUAG